GGCGUCACCCUGGUGACAGUUUGGAUAGGCAGGCCAUUUUGUCACUCCAGUCUCAUCUUCUGCUCCAGUGGAAAGGGAUGAAUUCUUUUGAUGGGUCCCAAACUUGAGUGUUUCUGGGGGAAUUUUGUUCUUUUUUUUUUUUUUUAAUAUAUAAUUCAGUGGACUUAACCUACUCCGAACAUGUUCAAAGAUUCCAAGAACGGGAACCAGAGCUUAAAAUAUAGUGGGCAUUCUUAUAGAUCAGCAAGUUUGCCUUGCAGACCUCAGGGUGUAGGCUGCUUACAGAUUACCUGGGACCACUACAGUAUGAAGAUUUGAUUUCCAGGGUGUAAGUGGUAUCCGGGAGCCAGCGUAUUCUAACAAACUCCAAAUGAUGCCAACACUGUUGACCUAGGACCACAUUCUCCACAGCAGAGAAUGGAGAUUUGUAAAGCCUCAUUCGUCCAAACAUCCCUGAAUAACAACUGCUACCAAGUUACACUGUUUAAGAUGACCUGUUAGAAAAUGCCAGGCUCUGUGUAAGGUGACCUUGCUGCGUUAAGUCGACACGCUAGAGUAUAGAAACUUUUCUUUUAGUUACAAAUUUUAGGCGACUAAAAAAAAAAAAAAAAAAUCUAUAUUUUAACUCUGGGUAACCAGAGUCUUAGGCCUGAGACCUACCUCAGGUUGUUCCAACAUGUCAAGUCCAAACAUUCACCGCCCCCAAAAGCUAAUAGAAGUAAUGGUGACAAGACAGGGCAAAGUAGCCGUUAGGGAAAGACAAGGAAACGUUUCAACCCCUUUGGUGGGUCGACGAGAUUUUUAGGUUAAGUAGAGGAAGAAUCGGGACAGGAGGCAAGAGCUAUGCAUAAUUAAGCAGUCUUGGUCAAAAUGUGGUCCGAUUGAUCAUUAUCUCGAUCUGGUUCUGCAAGACAGCUUGAAAAAAAAGUCUGUAUUGUUGGAGGGGGCAAUCAAUCUGAUUCCCAGGAGACGGUUGCUCGGGCUUGGCGGAUGAGCUCACCACAGCCUGAUCUGCCGGACAAGGUCUGCUUUUUCUGGAGUCUAAGGUGACGACAACAGGACAGUGUUCAGGACUGAGACUGGGAGACUUUCGGGCACCUUUAGGGGUGAAAUGCGGGCAGAAACACGCCUACGUUACUCCCAUCUCUGUGAACCUCAGCCUUGAAGGCAGGCAGGUAGACACAUUGUAUCACUGACUUCCAGACGCCCUGAGCGCUUACACUGCGCAUGCUCAGGGAAGGAGUCGUCUGACCCAAGGUCUUAAAAGGAAGGAGGUCGAUACCAAUGGAAAGCAAGAAGGUCAGGUUUUCAUCCGUCCUGUUUUACUCAGCUGGCGGCGUAAGUGAGGAGCCAGAGCUGGGGACGGAACCCAGGGCCUUGCGCUUCCUAGGCAAGCGCUCUACCGCUGAGCUAAAUCCCCAGCCCCUGCUAACUUCUUUUAAAUGACAGUCUUGCUUUGUAGCCGAAGCAGGCCUUGAACUUGCACACCCAGCCUGUAUUCCAAUUUUACUUUUUGCCGUGUUGGUUGACCUUCACUGUUUACUUGACUGGAUUUAGACUCACCUUGGAGAAAGCAGGCUCAGCAAGCCAUGAGGAGCAAGCCAGUAAGUAUGGCCCUGCGUCAGCUCCGGCCUCCAGGGCCUUCGGUGAUGGACGGUUACUGGAGAUGUAGCAUGAAAUGGACUCUUUACUCCCCGAGUUGCUUUUGGUCACAGCAAUGGAAAACCCUAAGACGAGUCUAUGAGAUGGUUGCUAAGAAGCCCAGUGAAUGGAGGACGACACAUUCUAGAGGCAGGUAGCACCACAGUGUGGGCUGGGCUUCUGUACCAAGUGAAAGAGAAAGAAGGGAAGCCCCACCAUUCUCCCUCUUUGCUUCUCGACAGAGUCUGCAGUGUGACCAGCAACCAUGCGCCUGGCUGCCUUACCUUCCCACCGUGGUAGACUGCAUCCCUAAAACUGUGAGCCAAAAUAAAUCCUUCCCUCCAGUCACUGUGAUGGAGAACUUGGUCACAGUAAUGAAGAAAUGCAAAUCAAACAACCUAAACUGUUGACAGGGAGUAGAACUGACUGGGUAUUAUAGCUGUUAACUUGCUCUGGAGUGAGACGUGGCUUAGUAGAUAAUGAAAGAGCUCUCUGUGCAAAGCUUAGGAACCAGCACUCAGCUCCCCACACACUAUGUAGACAUCAAAUGGAGACAUCCCAACUCACAAAGGCUAAGUCGUGGUGCCCAAGCAAGCUGGUCAGCCAGAGUAGCUCAAAAGGCAAGGUCCUGGUUCUGCAAGAGACCCUGCCUUGCUUUGUAAGGUGGUGAGCAAUGGAAGGAGACCCCUGAUAUCAAUCAUGGGCAUGUAUACACACAUACACACACACACAUACACAUGCACACACACAUACACACACAUAUAUACAUACACACAUACAUACACACAUACAUGCAUAUACACACAUACAUGCUUACACACACACAUAUACACACAUACAUUAUACACACAUACAUACAUGCAUAUACACACAUACAUCCAUACAUACACACAUACAUAUAUACACACUUACACACAUACACACACAUAUAUACCACACAUACAUACACACAUACACCACACACAUAUACACACAUAUAUACACGCAUACACACAUAUAUACACACAUACAUACACACACAUACAUACACACAUACACCACACACAUAUACACACAUAUAUACACGCAUACACACAUACAUACACACACAUACAUACACACAUACACCACACACAUACACACACAUAUAUACACGCAUACACACAUAUACACACAUAUAUACACACAUACAUACCUACACACAUACACAUACAUGCAUAUACACAUAUACAUGCAUGCGUGCACACAUACAUAUAUACAUACAUACACCUCACACAUAUACACACAUAUAUACACGCAUACACACAUACAUACACACAUAUACAUACAUGCAUAUAUAGACAUGCAUGCAUACACAUACAUAUAUACACAUACAUACACACAUACAUACAUAUACACAUACACAUACAUGCAUGCAUACACACAUACAUAUAUACACACAUACACAUACAUACAUGCACACACAUACAUACACACAUAUACAUACAUGCAUAUAUAGACAUGCAUGCAUACACAUACAUAUAUACACAUACAUACACACAUACAUACAUAUACACAUACACAUACAUGCAUACAUACACACAUAUACAUACAUGCAUAUAUGCACAUGCAUGCAUGCAUAUAUACACAUACAUAUAUACACAUGCAUACACACAUACAUAUACAGAUACUUGCACACAUACACAGACAUGCAUAUACACACAUACAUGCAUGUAUGCAUUGACAUACAUGUAUGCACACAUACACUCAUAUACAUACACACAUACACACGUACAGACAUACACACAUGUAUACAUACAUACAUACAUAUACUCACAUACAAUGCACCACACAUGUGUGAAUACACAUAUGCAUGAACACCAUACACAUACACAUACACAUGUAAAAGAACAGACUAGGAUCCAUUGCUCGUACACAUCUCAUUUCCAUGCUUGAGCAAUGAGAGUCUAGAUGAUUACAGAUACAGCAUAACAUUAACCGCGGUCCUCUCUCUGCUCCUAAACUGGAAGUACCAUGUAUGGUCAGGGGCCACAAAGACCCCUAGAGCAAUUGGUACCAGGUAAUCUUUCUUUCCUUUCCCCUUCCUUCUGUCCAUGUUUUCAUUCUUCUUUUCAUUUUUUUUUUCUUUUAAGACCAGCUGCCCUUGAACUUUCGAGGUAGCCUAGGCCAGUCUUGAACUCUUGGUCUUCCUGCCUCCAUGUGCUGGAAUGACAGGUGUGACCUCAUCAUGCCCAGCUUACGUGGUACUAAGGACGGAACUUGAGGCUUCCUGUAUACUAGGCAAGCACUCUGCCAACUGAGAUACAGCCCCACCCACCUUUUCCCCUCUGACUCCUCAUUCCCACCCCAUUGCCUCUCUUCUCCCUCUCUUCCCUUCCUUCCUUCUUCAAGACCAAACGUUCACUAGGUAGCCAGACCAGCCUUGAAUCCAGGCUAUUCCUGCCAGGUCUCCUGAGAGCUGGGUUUGCAGGGACAGGCCCCUCCUCUUGGCUAGACAACCAUUCUUCCACUCAGCAAGCCACUUGCCCCAGGCUGAUGUCCAGGUUUGGAGUUCCAAGAUACUUAAUGGCACAAUAUUUACAUAAUCUUUCUUUUACUCAGUGCCAGUUCUACGUGCUAAACAAUCCUCCUUUAUCUGCUCGUGUGUUACAAGACCUGAGACUUUCAGUUGACAUUGGAUUAUGGGCUUUCCGUGGACAGGCCCGACCCUGACGGCCAUGUGCUGGUUUCCCAGCUCUUUACUCCCCGUGUAAACUUGAGAUGUAAUAAUCAUCGUUUUCUGGGAUCCCAGCAGCAGUGGCAGUGCAGCACUGAGCCCCAAGGCAGGGUCAGAAGAAAAACUUCAGGCAUCGGAAAGUCUCUGGGUUCACUGGGUGGGACAUAAGCCCAUAAUUCGAACACUCAGGAGACAGAGACCAGGGGAAUGCUCCAGUUGAAACUAUCCAGGACUAUGAAGUAAGAGCGCUCCCAUCCCUACACACACACCGCAUAGAAAUAGGGAGUAUUAUUCAAAGUUCUUCAAAGACAUUAGAAGCCAAGCAAAUGGCCUCACAAAUUAAGAAGCCUUUAACUGGAGAGUAUUGGUUCUAAAUCAAGGUCCAUAUUAAAUAUCUUUCUAUUUCCCCACAGAACGUCAGUCUUUAUUUCAACCAACAGCGCUAGAUUUUUAAUCUAGAUCCAACAAUAGUCAAUUCUCUGCUCAGGACAGUAAGAUGUCCGGUGUGUGUUUGAGGCAGCCUUUUGCCCGCAUUGCCCGCAUUGAAAUGGUACCGGAGGACAUCACCAUUGUCUCAUUACCCUGGACAGGUAGCAGCUGAGUGGUUCCCACCUUAAGCCCAUUAAACAAACACUGUUCCUCUUGCUUUCAGGGCAGUCAUCCAGGAUGUACGACUCUGCCUUUAAGAACACUUUAAAAGCUGGGUGUGGUGGCAUACACAUGCACUCUCAGUACUAAUGUGACUGAGAACUCUCGGGUCACUUAGACUGUCUCAAAAAGUCAAACAGAGACUUAAAGGACUGUGUGGCGUUCUCAUUUUCUCCCUGUCCUGUACCAGAGACUAGAGACAGGAACUGCAGAUGGGACAUUAUGUGUUGUCUCUUGUAUAAGUCAUAACCUUUCACCAACUGGCCUUUAGAAACUCAAAGGGAGUUUGCCCACCAUUCACUCAGGCAUGGAGCAGAGGCUCAAUGGAGCACAAUGAGAAGUGGAAGAGAAGAUUAAGAAAGAAAUGUAAUAGAAGAAACACUAGCAAGGAUUUUGAAAUGAACUGGGAGGCGGCAGUGGCACACGCCUUUGACUCUAGCAUUCGGGAGGCAGAAGCAAACGUAUCUCUGUGAGUUCAAAGCCAGCCUGGUCUACAGAGGGAGUUCUAGGUCAUCCAGGGCUACACAGAGAGACCCUGUCUUGUGUGUGUGUGUGUGUGUGUGUGUGUGUGUGUGUGAGUGUGUGUGUGUGUGUGUGUGUGUGUGUGUGUGUGUAGGGGGGUGGGUAUGGGUAUGUUAAUACCCAAGUAGAGUAUUAACAGAAUUUAAAAUGUUUUCAUGAGGCUGUCUAUGGAAUUGUCUUUCUAAAAUACAGAGAUAAAUAAUAAAUAUAAUAUCCACAGAUUCAACAUUGUCUUCAACGGUGGUACACCAAGUGUUUCCACAAAGUGCUAGCUCCAGAGAUUACUCGGCUGAGAGCUUUACUAUUUCUGAAGAGGAAGAAAUUAUGCAUGAGGCAGUCAGCUAUGGAAGCAUUAGCUCCUGGGAACAAUAUCCUCAAUUUCUAAAGCAUUUCUGAAACCUAGCUCGGACCUCUACUCUAAAAUUAAAAAAAAAAAAAAAGAAGAAGGAAAGAAAGAAAAAAGAAAAACAAAACAGAACAAAAACAAAACAAAACCCUCUAACCAAAUGUUAACGUCCUGUUCCAUUUCUUAAAUGUGUUAUUCUUAUCUCCUGCCCUAAUGACCGUUCUGCGCCAGCUGAUAAGGUGAUAAGGAGCCAGGGAGAGUGGUGCACACCUGGGAUCACGGGCUCUGAGAGGCUGAGGCAAGAGCAUCAUAAGCUAACGACCAGCCUGGGCUCCACACAGAGACUCUGUCUAAACAAAUGUUAAUUAAAAUCACGAUAAUAAUGUAGGCAGUCUCGACGCUGCUUGGCUUUCACUGAACAUCUCCAGGUUACCUGACUCAUUUCCCCCAGUAGAUCUGGGGUUCUGUUCCCCAAAUUUGGCUUGAGUACUUCCAUCAAGAAGUCACCUUCAUGUUUGUGAUUCUGUUCUGGUCCUGUAUGGCUUGUGCGGGUAGCAGAGACCUUGUCUAUUACAGUGCUGGGUGCACAUGACGCUUCCUCCUGGCUUUGAGUUAUCAACUCCCUGGUACGGAUCUCAAGGUUUCCAUGCCUCUUCCGUGCGGCAUAAUGGUCUGCAUAAAGAGACCCUUCACUCCUGCAGUUUGAUUCCUGAUCUCUACCUCAGCUCGUAAGUAAAUGAUUUAUCAGCAAGUCAGAGACAUUGCCAAAGUUUCAACAGUGAGUCCUUCAGGCUUCCCCUGCUAGGAAAAGCCACACACACCACUUUUCCUUGCAGAGAAUUUCGGUAGAGGCCUGUGGUCAUAGUCACUGGCUGGUGGAGCCUGGGGGUUUUUGACACUUUCAACUCUGACCUGGAAACAGGAACUGACUUGUUCCGAAUUAGGUGCUCUCCUGCACUGCUUCUUGCCUAAAGGCACAGGAGUCAGAGAAUGUGGUUGGAAUGCUGGCAACAAGAGCAAAUAAAUAUGCAUAGCCUCAUUGGCAGAGCGUCCAUCCAUAGUACUGCUGGGAGGGACAGACACUGGGACAGAAGCUGUGCUUACCUGAGUCCACCCCAGGCACGGCCAGGGAGUUAAGAGUAUGUGUCCCCAGCCAGAAUAUGGCAAAUACAUAGGCGAAUGCCAGCAGCAAUCACUGAACUGAGAACGGGACCCCCGUUGAAGGAAUCAGAGAAAGGACUGAAAGAGCUUGAAGGGGCUCAAGACCCCAUAUGAACAACAAUGCAAACCAACCAGAGCUUCCAGGGACUAAGCCACUACCUAAAGACUAUACAUGGACUGACCCUGGACUCUGACCUUAUAGGUAGCAAUGAAUAUCCUAGUAAGAGCACCAGUGGAAGGGGAAGCUCUUGGUCCUGCCAAGACUGAACCCCUACUGAACGUGAUUGUUGAGGUGAGGGUGGUAAUGGGAGGAGGAUGGGGAGGGGAACACCCAUAUAGAA